AUGUCCGCUUCCAAUAAGACUGGUUUCAGUCCCCUGACCUUCAUCCUCACUGGGAUUCCUGGUCUGCCAAUGAGUAGCAUUGGCUGGAUAGCAUUCCCUCUCAGCUCCCUGUACCUCCUCAUGCUCUUGGGGAACUGCACCUUGCUCUGGACCAUAAAGACAGACCGCAGUCUCCACACACCGAUGUACUAUCUCCUCUCCAUGCUGGCCGUGGCAGACCUGGGCCUGUCUGUCUCCACACUGCCCUCCAUGCUGGCCAUAUUCUGGUUUGAGUCCACGUCCCUCCAUUUUGAUGUGUGCAUUAUCCAGAUGUACUUCAUCCACUCCUUCUCCGCCAUCGAGUCCGGGGUUCUGGUCGCCAUGGCCUUUGACCGCUUCAGCGCUAUCUGCUACCCUUUGCAAUAUGCCUCUGUCUUGACAAGCUCCCUGAUCAUGAAGGCAGGAGGGGUGAUCCUCAUGCGGGGUGUCUGUGUGGUGCUCCCAGUGGCUAUCCUAAUUAAGAAGCUCCCUUUCUGCAGGUCCAUGCUCCUGUCACACUCCUUCUGCCUGCACCAGGACAUGCUGAGGCUGGCUUGCGGAGAUGUCAGGGUCAACAGCUUGUACGGGCUGACUGCAGUGAUACUCACCAAGGGCCUCGACUCCCUGACCAUCCUCCUGUCUUACGUGAUGAUCGUCAGGGCCAUCAUGAACACCAUCUCCCAUGAAGCCCGAGCCAAAGCCUUUAGUACCUGCAUCUCCCACCUCUGUGCUGUCCUGGUCUUCUACAUCCCUCUCAUUGGCUUGUCCAUCAUCCACAGGUUUGGGAAGCACCUGCACCCCCUCACUCACACGCUCAUGGCCGAUGCCUACCUCCUGGUGCCACCUGUCCUGAACCCGCUUGUCUACAGCUGGAAAACCAAGCAGAUCCGCAGGCGGAUUCUCACCCUGCUCCGUUGGAGAGGGGCCCAACAGCAGGUCUAG